GUCGAUGGGUGGUGACGCACCAUGGGGCCACGGACGCUUGGAAAGCGAUGCAGGACUGCAUGGCGGCAGCUUUGUUGCUCUGGCUGCAGGUAGAAUCGAGCUUAGCGCUUUAGCACGUGACCACGCCCAAUCAAGAGCUCAAAGGAUUUAGAGUUUGCAGCUUCUGAAUGCACGACGCUUAUCUGGAGAGCUUUUAUGCGAUGGAUUUUCUGAAGAAGGAGCUGGAGCGGAAGCGCAAGGCCGCACAGGAGGACUUUGGUGGUAGGAAGUUUGUGCGGCGGGGCGAGCUGGAACAGAAGUCGAUAGAGAAGCUGCGGAAAGAGGAAGAAGACGAGAGGCGCGAGAAGGCAGCGAAAGACAAGACGGGGGCCAAGGGGGUGGAAGCAGAGAAACAGGAGGCGGCGGCCGCAAAGCAGGAGGCCACGACAAAAUCGAAAGCAGAUGACAAACUGGCCCAGAUCGAGGCGGAGCUGGACGCCCUCGAGCCGGCCGAGGUGCGCCGGCGGCUGCGGCUGCUCAAACAGCCCGUCACCAUCUUCGGUGAGGACGACGCUGCCCGCGUCGCGCGCUUCAAGGAGCUCCUGCGCGCCGGCGUGCUUCUGGACGACUCUGAUGACGAGGAGCUGAUGAAGGGUCAGCGGAACGACUUUCUGAACGAUAUCGCCCAGAUUCGCAGGAAGGAGAAGCACGGAGGGGGGCUGGAUAAGAAGAAAGCGGUGAAGGACGGGGCAAAGGAAGGGGUCGCAAGCGGGGCCGAGGCGAGCGGGGGGGAGGGCGUGUCGGAAGCCGACGGUGGGAAGGACGCGAAGCUGAUGAAAGCGGCGUGGGAAGAGCUUAGCGACGAGGAGCGGAUUUUGGUGUAUUUCAAGCGGUUAUUGCGGGAGUGGGGCCAGGAGUUGGACGACAUGCCGGAGAAGGAGCUCCGGACGUCCAAAGGUCGGUCGCUGAUCGCGACGCAGAACCAGUGCCAGCGGUACCUCGAGCCGAUGUUCCGGCUGUGCCGGAAGAAGCGGCUGCCGGACGAUAUCCGGGGGUCGCUUAUGAAGAUCAUCAACUUCUGCCGAGAGAGGGACUACCGGCUCGCGAGCGAUGCGUACGUGAAGCUCGCAAUUGGGAACGCGCCGUGGCCCAUUGGGGCGACGUCGAUCGGUAUCCACGACCGGUCUGCCCGCGAGAAGAUUUCGGCCACCAAAAUUGCGCACGUCAUGAACGACGAGACGACGCGGAAGUACUUGCAGUCAGUGAAGCGGUUGAUGACGUUCGCGCAAAGGAAGUAUCCUACAGACCCCUCGAAGUCGCUCGAGUUUAAUAGCCUGGCGAACGGUAGUGAUCUGGAGUCUUUGAAGGUGGAUAGGGUCCAACACACGCAGCAACAGCAGCAGGCGGGCAUGCUUAGGUUAGAGGCAGGUCCGCAACCAGUUGGCGGAGAAAGAACUUGACCUGAUCGAUUCCGGCUGCUCCAUUUGCUGUCAUGCGUCAACUCCCUUGCGAACCAGUACAAAAGGUGGUGGAGUAUCACAUGUACCUACAUAGUUUCCUGAGAUUGGGACCCCGUUGUUUGUUUCAUAUAGGCUCUAUGAUGAGAGCAGCAUGAGUCAUAUUGUUUUGCUAGCGGGGCGGGCCACCAUGAGCUAGGUGUACUAGGCGUCCAAAGAAGCGGCAAAACCUCGACCUUGCUAUCUUUGUACGUACUCAAGGACGGAGGGACACCCCGGAAGCAUUUACAUCAUGGGCAGAUACAUCAGUCCAUGCAUACGUGUUGUCUGCCU